ACGUGGGCCAAGAAAUCCAAAUUUCAGAUGUUACUUUCCAACCUUGAUGUUUACAAUAUAAAUAAUAAAAACAGCUGACAGGUAUUUAUAAGCGGUGCAAGCAAAAGUACAUAUAUAUAAUCGGCAAAUUCAAUUAAACUUUUUUUUUUUGAUGAAGUAAAUCAAUGAAGUAAUAAAAAUGAAAAGAAAUCUUCCAACAUAUUCAGUUCAGUCAGAAGUUUUUAAAAAAUUAAAAACAGUAGAUAUACCACAACAAAAUAUUAUACAAAAUUAUCAGAUUGUUAACGAUGCUCCUACGUAUUAUUUGGUAAUAACACAACCAGAAAUUUUAAACAAUGAUAACAAUACAACAACCAGAAACAGAAGAAGAAUUUUAAAACAGAGUGAUGAAAAAUAUGUCGAUGAUGCUAUGGCAAAAUGGUUUGAGCAAGUUAGAGAUAGAGACGAAUCAAUUUCCGGGAAAAUUAUUCAAGAUAAGGCACUAUUUUUCAAUGAGAAACUUAAUGGACCUAAAGCAUUUAAAGCAAGCAGUGGUUGGAUUCAUAAAUUCAAACAAAGAUGUGGUAUUCAAUAUAUUCAAAAGAAAGAGGGUAAUAAUUCAGAAAGUAUACAAUAUUUUUCUCAAGUUUUAAGAGAAAAAAUUGAAUUAGAAAAUUUGUCAUUGGAGAAUAUUUAUAAUGCCGAUGAAACGGGAAUUCAUUGGAAAAUACCAGAUUUUUGUACAACUUCCAUUGAAACAUCAGAAAUGAAAGUUUCCAAUCGCAAUGAAGAAAUUUGUAAUCGUGUGACGGCAUUAUUUUGCUCAAACGCCACUGGUAAUCAUCAAAUUCCUCUUUUGGUAAUUGGCGAAGAAGAAUCACCAAAUUGUUUAACAGAUUUAAUAACAAAUAAAUUAAAACAUAAUCGCUUGAAAUUUCUCACAAGUCUCAAUGUCAUUUAUACGGGUCAAAGUAGCGCUUGGAUGGACAAAGAAAUAUUCAAACUAUGGUACAGACAUGUAUUUAUUCCAAGUGUUUUGAAUCAUCAAAAAAUGAUUGGCACAACUGGAAAAGUACUUUUAAUCCUAGAUAAUGCACCGUGUCAUUCAGAUCUAGAUGAACUUAAUUCAGUAAAUAGUCAAUUUGAAAUUAUAAAUUUGGCACACAAUGUACCGUCAAUGAUUCAACCCAUGGAACAGGAUUUAAUGUCGACAGCAAUUAAAAUUUAUAAAAAAAAUUUAUUAACAUUAAUGUUUAAAUCAAAAUUACGAAAUGUUGAUGAAUUUUGGAGUAAUUAUAAUUUAAAAGACUGUAUAACAUUUCUUAGCUCAGCGUGGAAAAAUUUAAAUAAUUCCCCUCUACUACGACAAGCGUGGACAUUAAUUUUGGAUAAUUAUUGUGAUACUUCCGUUUAUUACACUGUUUGUUCUAACAAUGAAAAUUUAUCUGUAUUAUCCAACAACAGUCGUCUCAUUGAGGAAUUAUCACAAUUUCCCGAUGAAAUUUGUGAUAAAUUAAUUGCUCGUCAUUCACCAGGAGCCGAUUGUUCGAUAAGAAAAUUACAAAAAGACAAGGUAAUUAUUGUAAAAUGGUUUAAAACACGUGAUGAUUUUGGUUGGGAACCAAUAACGGACAAUGAAAUUGUUGAUUUAAUUUUAAAUAAUAAGAAAAAAGAUGAAAUGGUAAAUGAAUUUUCCAUAGUAGAUUGCGAAAAUGAGAAUUUAGAAAAUGAGAAUAUUACUACAACAUCGGAGAAAUGUGAAAAUGAAAUAAUGACAUUUGAUGAGAUUAAAAAAAAUGAAUUAGUAAAUAUAAUGCAUGAAUAUGAAGAAAGUGAUAAUUAUAAUGAUAAAUCUAAUCAGAUUACAUCUUCAGAGGCAUUAAAUGCUUUAAUGAAUGUUAAAAAAUGGAUAAUGUCCUGUGAUCAAACUUCAGAAAAUCAUCAUCAUUACAUUGCUGAAUUAGAGAAUUUAAUAUCGCAAUAUUGUUAAUAUAUCUUUUUUAAGCUAAAAAAAUAAAAGUAAUUUAAUUUUUUUAUAAUUUAAA